UUUUAAUCUUGCACAUGGACAACUCAGCAGUCAUAUGGGAAACAAUUCUUUCUUGUGCUUCAUGGCAGACAGAUUUAGAGGUUCGAUCUUUAAGUAAAUGUUAACUUUUUUAUAUUAAGCCCAUUUCUCACGAAAGUACAGGAACAACACAAGCAAAAGAAAAUGCUGCGUUUCACUUCUACGGAUUCUUUAUUCCUUUUUGAUCGGCCCCUUUCCUUCUCAAUGGUCAUCCUAUUCCUGUUGAUUUCAGGAGGUGAUCUCUUAAAUCUCAAUUUCUAGUGCUAUAUGCUAAAACCAGUGUCAUGCCUGGCUGUUGGAAUUCUUAGUAUUUAUUUUACCUUAUGUAGUAAUUUUUUAGCACAUCUGAAGGCAUAGCCAUACUGCACUCCAACUGUUUGAUUUUAUCUCUCACUGAAACCUGUUUUUUUCCCUCCAACAUGCAUAGAACAUCCAUUUUUUCUUGCUUCCAUCAAUCUUCGAAAUCCUUUCUUUUAUACAAAAAAGAUGUCUCUGCAUUCCCAUUUCCAUUUCAAAAAUCAAGUGCAAUGUUGAUAUCACUGAAGCAAAAAUCAAGUGGAGGAAGAAGACCCAAAAAGAAGAUAUACCAUAGAGUCCAUGAGCUUGAUCGAGUCAUGGACUUACAGAAGAAGCCAUCUCUUAUCUUACACCUUAAAGCCAUUAUUCAAUCACAAAAACACCAACAUCUCCUCCUACGAAACCUUGAGAAGCAAGUUGGCUUUGUCCAGAAAUGGAACUUUAUGGCUGUCAUUGAGAAGUAUCCUUCAAUAUUCCAUGUUGGUGCUGAUAGUCGUGCGCCUCCUUUUGUUACACUCACUGAGAAGGCUAGGAAGGUUGCCAACGAGGAAGCUGAAGCUAGGGAGUUAAUGGAACCCAUUCUGGUUAAGAACUUGAGGAAGUUGUUAAUGAUGGCAGUUGAUUGUAGGUUGCCACUAGAAAAGAUUGAAUUCAUUGAGAAUGAAUUAGGUUUGCCCCAAGAUUUCAAGAAAUCAUUGAUUCCAAAGUACCCAGAAUUUUUUUCAGUGAAAGAUGUCAGUGGGAAAGCUUAUCUUCAUUUGGAGAACUGGGAUUCUACGUUAGCAGUCACUGUUCGCGAGGAAAGAUUAACAAGUGAAGGAGUUACUCUCUCCAAUCCGCCCAAGAAGAAGGUUAGAAUAUCAAAGGAUGGUAAUUUCUUGGGUCCAUUUGCCUUUAAAAUGUGUUUUCCUACUGGUUUUAGGCCAAAUGCGAAUUAUCUUGAUGAACUAGAGAGGUGGCAUAGACUGGAAUUCCCUUCUCCAUAUCUGAAUGCAAGGAGAUUUGAAGUUGCUGAUCCAAAGGCACGAAAACGUGUUGUGGCUGUGCUUCAUGAACUUCUUAGCUUAACUAUGGAAAAGAGGUUGAAUUCUAUACAAUUGGAUGCAUUUCAUUCCGAGUAUUUGUUACCAUCUAGAUUACUGCUUUGUUUGAUAAAGCAUCAUGGCAUAUUUUAUAUGACCAACAAAGGUGCUAGAAGUACUGUGUUCCUCAAGGAAGCCUAUGAUGGUUCACAUUUAAUUGAUAAAUGUCCUUUAUUGUUGUUUAGGGAUAAAUUUGUAGGACUUAGUGGUCGUAGGGAGAUCAAUCCGUGUAAUGAGGUUGCUUCUUCACCUUUCUCGUUUUAAUAACCAAUUAAAUUUAUUUAUUUAUUAUAAUAAAAUUAAACUAUAAUGGGUAGUUUUGA